ACUUGGUUGCAAGAGUAUGAACGGGCCUUUAGUACCUAACGUUAAUUGGCGGUACCACUUUUGACACGAAAGGCGCUAGGUGGCGCAAGCUACUGCCCGUUACAAAAGGCAUAGUUAAUAUUAUUUACUUAUCCAUCCAAGUUUCAAGCAACUUCUUGAAUCUAAUCCUGUUGAUUCAAUCCAAAGCCUUAGCGCAGAAGAAGAAAGUGGAGGACGCUAUCUGCGCGCCUACGGCGCCUGCGAUCUUCGUCGAAGACAAAACAUUGUCGUUCUCCGAGCCAUCUGAAUCCCCGUCGAACGUUUCGUGAUAUCGCCAACACUAAGUCGGAGUGCGUGCGCCCGUCAAAACACGCGCGAUGUCUUCGAAUCUCAUCCUGGGCCCCGUGGCGAGCGACAACUCCCAAGACGUGAGCGAGGUGUCACAGGCGCCCGAGUCGCCCCCGACAGCGAUGGGACACCUUAACUUCUCCAACUCCGAUAGCGAGUCGGUGCCCAGACCUCCUUCGACGGCGGUUCACCCGGGAAUGAAGGUAAACAGCUACCUCUCGGAACACCUGCAGAAACGGCGCAGUUCGUCGCGCUCCAUCAAACGCAAAAAGUUCGACGACGAGUUGGUCGAGAGCAGCCUCAUUAAGACGUCGCGGGCGCGACCCUUGGGCGGUCCCUUGUCAAGCUCACUCACCGCCGGAGUCGGACCCAUGGCCGCGUCGUCCAGUCUGACAUCGGUGGUGGCGUCGUUCUCGGACAGCAGUCAGGUGGAAUCCGUCGCCUCGCUCUACUCUGAGCGCAAGAAAAGUUCCAAGUCGACCCCGAAACGCGUGAAGAAGUCCUCGAAAAGCGCUCAGGCGGUCGUCGCCAAAGACCUUGGCCGCUGGAAGCCGCACGACGACUACGCGCUCAUCCUGGCGGUCCAGCAGACCACCGAUCUUGAAGCCGUCUUUCGGGCCGUCAAGUUUUCCUGCAACUUCACCCUGCAAGAGAUCCGGGAGCGGUGGUACGCCCUCCUUUACGACCCCGCAAUCUCCAAGAUGGCCGUGGCGUCCAUGAAACAGCUCCAUCCGGAUGUCCUGGCUGGUAUCCAAGCCAAGGCCCUGUUCAGUGAAGAAGAAGAACUGCUCUUGGGCACGAUCCCGUCGACUGCUCAGCCGACGCUCGAAGACUUCCAGGAACUGUUAGAGAAGCAUGUUGACGUGUUCCUCGCCGCGCACACCGCCAAGGCACUGCAGAACCACUGGACGCUCAUGAAGCAGUACUACCUCCUGCCGGACCAGACGGUGCCACCGCGGUCCAAGGGCGAAGACACGCUGAGUUUCUCGGAUGCCGAGGAGGAGCUCGAAAGGGAUCCGCUUGGCUCGCCCAAGGACGAAGCCCUGGAGCACGAGCUGUUCCUCAUGGACCGCGGGGUCAAGCAGGAGAUCCGGCAGCUCGAGAACGAACUGCCCAAGUGGCAGGUCUUGGUGGACAGCGUCACCGGUGUCACGCCGGCUGACUUCGACAACCAGACGCUGGCCGUGCUCCGGGGCCGUCUGGUACGGUACCUGAUGCGCUCCAAGGAGAUCACUAUCGGCCGCGCUACCAAGGACAGCGCCAUCGACGUGGACCUGUCUCUGGAGGGGCCGGCAUGGAAGGUGUCCCGGCGCCAGGGCGUGGUCAAGCUCCGCAACACGGGCGAGUUCAUCAUCGCCAACGAAGGCAAGAGGCCCAUCUACAUAGACGGGAAGCCCGUGCUGGCGGGAGACAAGCACAAGCUGAACAACAACUCGGUCGUCGAGAUUGCGGGGCUCAGGUUCAUCUUCCUCGUGAACCAGGACCUGAUCAGUGUCAUCUGUUCGCCUCAGUCGUGUGCGUGAUCGCGCCGAGGAACGAGGGACGCUUCUGACUGACGUGACGUUUGAUGGAGAAAUAAAUGCGUAGCAUUCAGAAUGCCUUUGCCCACAUCCAA